GAAAAAACCCUGGAUGAGCGAAGAGGAUUCAUUAAAGAACAUAAACUCUGCUAUGGCUGUACCAAACCUGGUCAUAAUGCAAAAGACUGUCGACACAGACAUUCAUGUGACAUUUGUAAGGGUAAACAUCCUACGUGUUUGCAUGAUGAAAACUAUGUGAGGAAGGAGAGGGUAGCAACUCCAGAAGAUGCUACCCCAACAACUACUGUUCAAACAGAAACUGCUGCAACUUCAAUGUCAGUAGCAACAGGACAGUCCAGCAAUACAUCAAUGAUUGUGCCUGUAUGGGUGUCAACGAUUGAUGGAGAAACUGAGAAACUGGUUUAUGCUCUACUGGACACACAAAGCGACACAACAUUUGUCGACCAGGAUGUAAGCAACGCUUUAAAGGCAAAGUCCUGUCCAGUAAAGCUGAGAUUAACAACUAUGGUUGGACGCGACAUGACGGUGAAAAGUCAAAGGGUCUCAGGACUUCGUGUGCGAGGCUACUUCUCCUCUUCCUAUAUCAACCUCCCUCAUGUGUAUACCAAAGAUUGUAUACCAGUGAAUCGUGCCCAUAUUCCAACAAAUGAAACAGCCAGCAAAUGGAAUCAUCUUUCUAAAAUUGUGGAUGAAAUUCCGCCACUGCAGGAUUGUGAAGUUGGUCUUCUAAUAGGAUACAACUGCGCAAGAGCAAUGGCACCAAGAGAUGUUAUACCAGGAGGAAAUGAAGAGCCAUAUGCGGUUCAAACUGACCUAGGAUGGAGCAUAGUGGGAUGCUCUUCACCCUGCCUCGACACUCCAAAUACAGGAAGACAUUGUUUUAAAAUUAUUGUCAAGGAGCUCCCACCAGUCACUCCUGCAGAUGCUAUUCGAAUUCUGGAAUCUGACUUCAGAGAUGGCAAGGAAGAUGAAAAAACAGUGUCCCAGGAAGAUAUUCUGUUUCUGGAUAAACUCAAGAACUCCAUUUAUAAAAACAACCAAGGUCAUUACGAGAUGUCGCUUCCCUUUAAGGAGAGACCAAUCUUACCAGAUAAUAAACAGCUUGCUGUCAUACGUCUCAGCCAUCUCAAGAGGAAGCUGUCAAGAGACGAAAGGUACAAGGAACAGUAUGUCAAUUUUAUGGAAGAGGUCAUCAGAAAGGGUGAUGCAGUGGAAGUCCCAGAUGAAGGAGAGAAGGGAGAAAAAUGGUACAUCCCUCAUCAUGGAGUGUAUCAUGCCAAGAAACCGGACAAACUGCGUGUAGUGUUUGACUGCUCAGCCAAGUACAAGGGAACUUGUUUAAAUGAUCAUCUGCUCACUGGACCUGACUUGAUGAACAAUCUAAAUGGCAUCCUUCUUCGUUUCAGGCUACACUCUACCGCACUGAUGUGCGACGUAGAAAAGAUGUUUCACCAAUUUCAUGUGACAGAGUCAGACCAAGACUACCUGCGCUUUCUUUGGUGGAGAAAAGGAGAUCUUAGCACUCAACCCCAAGAGUAUCGUAUGAGGGUGCAUAUAUUCGGUGCAAGCUCAUCCCCUGGUUGCGCAAACUACGGCUUGAAACAUCUGGCCAUGCAGAACAAAAAUUUAUACCCUUUAGGUUCACAAUUUGUAAUGAGAGAUUUUUAUGUUGAUGAUGGAGUAGCAAGUGUAGAAACUACAAAAGAGGCCAUUCAGCUCGCUCGAGAAGCCACAGAACUUUGUGCCCUAGGUGGUCUCAGGCUUCAUAAAUUCGUGUCUAACAAUAGAGCUGUUUUAGAAAGCAUACCACCCCUCGAACGUGCGUCAGACACUGAAAAUAUCAACCUAGCAUCAGAUGACUUACCAUCAGGAAGAGCACUGGGUAUCCAAUGGCAUGUCAACACAGACUGCCUGAAGUUCAGUGUCAAUCUCCAGGACCAACCAGCAACACGCCGAGGUGUACUUUCUGUGGUCGCCUCCUUGUAUGACCCCUUAGGUUUUGUUGCCCCAUUCUUGCUUGUGGGAAAGAGGGUGCUGCAAGAGAUGUGCCGACAUGGAACAGGUUGGGAUGAUGCCUUGACUGACGAACUUCGUCCACGGUGGGAGAGAUGGAAAAGGGAUCUCAUCAAUAUGGAGAAGCUAAGCAUACCCCGGAGUUAUGCCACGGCAGACUUUGGUAAGGUCACAAAACAAGAGUUGCACCACUUCUCUGAUGCAAGCACAACUGGCUACGGACAGUGUUCUUAUUUGAGAACCUCAAUGAUCCAAACAGUCUGGAGCCACUCACCCCUAACCACAUACUUACCUUGAAGUCUACUCCAGCUCUUCCUCCCCCCGGCAAGUUUGUCAAAGAAGACAUUUACGCUAGAAAGAGAUGGCGUCAUGUACAGUACCUAGCAGAACAGUUCUGGAGUCGUUGGCGCAAGGAAUAUUUGUCCAAUAUCGCCAUCAGACAAUGCUGGCACACUCCAAAAAGAAAUCUGCAGAUCAGAGAUAUAGUGAUGAUAAAAGAUGAUGACCUGCCUAGAACUGAGUGGAGGUUGGGUAGAGUUUUAGAAACCACAACAGAUAAAGAUCGGUGUGUUAGAAGAGUAAAGAUAUGUUUGGGUGACAGAAAACUUAGCAAGAAGGGUGAACGUAUUAACAAGCAGUUAGUGCUUGAACGCCCUGUUCAGAAACUGGUUUUAUUGCUUGAAAGUGACUAAAUUGCUACAAGGUACACUUUCUUUACAGUUCUUAAGCGUACUUUAAGUAACAUGUUUCUGGUCAUUGGUCAUUUUGUUUGGAAAUCAUUUGUGUUUGUUCCCUCUAUGGUUAUCAACCUGUUAUUAAAAAAAAAGGGAAAAAACAACACCAAAUGAUUUGGUGGGAGUGUAAAAGACCCAUUUUAAUUGUUUUCUUAUUAUUGUUUAACAUUUCCUUUUAUUGAAGAUGCCUUUAAUUUCAAAAGAAAUAUGUUGAAGAUGUAAAAGCAAAUGAUAAAAAACAGUGUAAAUGUUUGUGAAGUGUAUUUUGUUUGGAAGACUUUUAUUGUGAAGGUUCCACUUCCGCUUUUUCUGUGAAGCGUGUCAGUUCAACAGAAACAAAAAAACGGUUAACAGCUGAUGCUACGGCAACAAAGGAAACAGACAAAAAAGACGGACAGAUAACUGUGUAAAGCUGUAAUUUGUUUUUGGCAUCUAGCUGGAAGGCGAACAGCUCUUACGGUGUGACUAUGACUGUGGAGUAAAUAAAUGGGUUGGAAUACCCCAUCAUAGUCCAUCA